AUGGAGAAGCAGGGGAAGAGCAUCGACAAAGAUCAACUUUAUGGCAUUCUCGAAACCCGUAAUGUGAAAUACGUACAAUUUGGCCUAGAACAACGGUUCCCAACGUGGUAUGGAAGUACGGCGUAUUUUCAAUUGAGUACUAGAAAACUAGGGCUAAGAGACCCCGACGGCCGACUCCCGUCGCGCGGGUCUGCAAGUUCUUCGGGCAAAAAAGCCAAAUCCUUUCACACACAUCCCGAAGUGUCAGAAUACUGGUUAGACACGCUAUACGUGUGCGAAUAUUGCUUCAAAUAUACAGACGUUGGCAAGGAAUUGCAGGAACACGGAACACAGUGCCCGUAUCGCUUCAAAACUCCAGGCAGGAUCCAGUAUCGCAGCCCCGAGCUCAGCAUCCGGAAAGUAUCGGGCUCACGACAUACUCUGUUCUGUCAGUGCCUUUGUCUCUUUACCAAAUUAUUUUUGGACAACAAGUCGAUGUAUUUCAAGGUCGACCAUUAUGAUUUCUACAUCGUCUACGAUACCGGCAGCAAAAAGCCCAUGGCGUUCUUUUCCAAAGACCUCGUGUCGUACCAGAAAAAUAAUCUUGCGUGUAUUUUGACGCUUCCGCCUUACCAAAGACGGGGGUUAGGCACGCUUCUGAUGGACUUCUCCUACAAGCUCUCCGUUCGUGACGGCUUAAUUUCUGGUCCCGAACAGCCGCUUUCUCCUUUUGGGCUCGUGAGCUACUUGAAAUAUUGGUCAACUUUGGUUUGUUUUCAAGUUUUAGAGGGCGAAUUGCAAGGGGAGAGUCGCAUUACCGCUGAGGACAUCUCAAAAGCGACCGGGAUGCGUGUAAGCGAUGUGUUGUUAACACUAAGAAGUCUUGAGUGUUUGACGCAAAACCAAGAAAUUUCUCUGCAAAUUCUGCGACAACGGUUCAAGAAUCACAAACAAUACUCUCAUGCAUUCAUCAAUAAAGAUCUUCUGAUAUUAGACAAUUGA